AAUUUUGAUUCCUUCCUAGAUAAAACGUGGCUCUGCUGUCCAGUACAGAAAUCCCAAGCUAAACACAUUUCCCUCCUCCCUCUCUCUAAAAAUGUCUGCUUCUUCUUCCUUGUCUUCACAAUGUCUGAAAAUAGGCAUAGUUGGCUUUGGAUCAUUUGGACAGUUCCUGGCAAAGACAAUGGUCAAACAAGGGCAUGCAAUGCGGGCGACUUCCAGGACAGAUCACUCAAAAAUCUGCAAUCAUCUGGGUAUUUCAUUCUUCAUAGAUGCGCGUGCUUUUCUUGAAGCUGAUAACGAUGUCAUAUUAAUAUGCACAUCCAUCCUAUCUCUAUCUGGGGUGCUCCAAGCAUUGCCACUGGAAUGUCUCAAACGCAGGACGCUAUUUGUUGAUGUCCUCUCUGUCAAAGAAUACCCGAGGAACUUCUUACUGCAGUUUUUACCAGAGGAAAUGGAUGUGCUCUGCACUCACCCGAUGUUUGGGCCAGACAGUGGCAGAGAUGGAUGGAAAGAUCUUGCCUUUGUGUAUGAGAGAGUUCGGGUGAGGGAUGAAAUUAUCUGCUCCUCCUUCCUUCAUAUUUUUCAAAGUGAGGGUUGCAGAAUGGUAGAAAUGUCUUGUGAAGAACAUGACAAAGUCGCUGCCAACAGUCAAUUUCUUACUCACAUCAUUGGCAGAGUAUUCUCAGAAAUGGAUAUCAAGUCCACACCAAUAAACACAAAGAGCUUUGAAACACUAUUUCAAUUGAGUGAGACCGUUGCCAAUAAUAGUUUCGAUUUGUUCAGUGGAUUGUUUAUCCAUAACAGGUUUGCCAAACAAGAGCUGGAGAACCUAGAACAUGCCCUUGAAAAGGUCAAACAGAAGCUACUGGAGAAGAUGAAUGAAGAACAGAAUCUCUGAUGUCAAGACUUGAUUCGCAACAAGUAUCAAUAAUAUUAAUGCAUCAAUUCUUUUUCUGUUUUUUUUUUUUUUUUUUGAAGUCAAGGAUUCACAUAUGCAAAGCAAACCUAAAUCUGACUUGCUUUGUGCAAACCUCAGCAUAAUUCUGUUAUUCUUGCUCUGAAAGUUUGCAUAAUGGUUGUUAUAAUAAAUUCCCAGGUAGUGGAUUCCUUUUUUGGCCCAAGGUAUUAGGUGAAUCAUGAAUACUUGCCAUUGAGACUAUGAGAAUACUUA